GUAUUCUUCAUCUUCUUCUUCAUCCUCUUCGUUUCUGUUCGAUUGAUUCCUAGGGUUGAUUUCGCGUGGAAGGAGCUAAUCUACGAGCGAAUCGGUAAGGAAAUGACCGUCGGAGGUUCCAAGAAGAGGCAGCGCGUUCAACACUCUGCCUCCACCAGCCGCCACUCCUCCAUCGCCGCCGUCAUCGAUUGCUCCUCCUUACCGGACAAAUCCUUAACUGAAGUCUCCAAAAAGCCCCAUACUCUCCGUCGUACCACAUCGUUUUCGUCGGUCGCGGCUUUCAACGACGCCUCCACCGCCGAUAUUGUCCUCCGCCUCUUCGAGGAGGUUACCCCUUUUGAUUCCUCCGAUUCCGACUCCCUCACGUCUUCCGAUGUCCAGAUUUAUCUUCAUUCUCAUGUUCUUCGCCGAUCUAAGUACUUUGCUGCCCGAUUGUCCGACCGAUGGCAGCCACAGAAGGAUGAUUCCGGUCCUCUGAGGUUGGAUUUUGGUGUCCCGGCAGCGCAGGGCUCCAUGGAUAACCAUUUGGCUGUUCUUGAGCUUCUUUACGCCGAUGAUAUGUCGGACGCUAUAGAUAACGCGAAGGCCGCGCUGGAUCUCCUCCCUGUUGCACUUAAAUUUCUCUUCGAGGAUUGUGUGAAGUCCUGCGUUCGAUUUCUCGAGGCCGUGCCGUGGAGUGACGAGGAGGAAAAAAGAGUCAUGGGUUUGAUUCCGUUUCUGCAGGAGGAAGAAUCGAGGGAGCUUCUUGCUAGGGUUUCGCCGGGCCGAAAUGAUUCUUGCGAGGAAAUGUUGCAGGGACUGAUUUUAGCUGCCAUUCAUAACUAUCCCAAUAUGGCUUUCGUGAAGGCAUUCGUGGCGAGGCUUAUGAAGGACUUCUCCUCAAGAGAGUCCGCCAAGAGAGUGCUGAAGAGAGCAUUCGAGACGAGCCUGAAGGUCGUGAAGGAGUCUCUGGAGGAAUAUUCAAGCCCAGAUUUUAGAGGAAACCAUAACGAGACGGAGGCCAUUCAAAGGCUCAAUUUGCACACAGCAAUGACAAAUGCUAAGCAUUUGUCGUGGCUGGUUGAAAGGAUGAUUGAAUUGAGGGUGGCCGAUGUUGCUGUGGCUGAAUGGAGUGAACAGGCUUCUUUCACCGCCGAUUUACAACGAACAUUUCGAGACGAUGCGUUGAGGGGCAUUGUCCCCGGGUUUCCUACUGUUCUUCUGCGAUGCACUGGCAAGCUUGCUAAUGCAGUUGCUGCUGGUAGCAUUUUGGCCACUAAACAGGUUCGAAAGAAGCUCAUAAAAAAUUGGCUUCCAGUUCUGAUAGUCAGCAAAGACCACUCGCCCUUGUUUUCCAGUAACAAAAACCUGUGUAUGGAGCUGGAGGAAACAUUCCUGAGAAUCAUUUCGACGCUUCCCUUGUCAGAUGCACAGGAGUUGUUACAGCAGUGUCUUAGCUUCACCAGAAAUGUUGACGACUGCCCUCACCUGUUCAGAGCCUUCAACACUUGGUUCCGACGUGCAACACAUCCCCCGCAGCCAGAAAAACUCCGAUGAUGAAACAAAACAAAAUGGUGGCUUUGUACUGUGAGUUGGGUUCUCCAAAUCUCUCUCAGUAUUGUGCAUAUAGGAAAGGAAAUGGAAACUUAAGUUUGUAUAUAAACCUAGAAAGGUGUUCCCUUUAGCAACCGAAAUGGUCCAUGCUCUUGGUGUCCCAUUUCUCGCAUAAGCACGAAAACGACUCCUCUUUUUCGGUGUUGUAAUGUAAUUACAUAAGAAGAAGCUGAUAAUUAUCUAAUAGUUUGGCAACUCUCCUUUUUUGCCCUUUUUAUUUGUUUUCUUUUGGCACAUGUAAAUCGUUUUUAUGGCCAAUAAUUUCAGAGAAGAGUUGUUGCUGGAUAA